AUGUUAUCUGAAGGAAAUCAAAGUAUCAUACCCACAUUUAUUCUCUUAGGUUUUUCAGAAUACCCAGAACUCCAAGUUCCUCUCUUCCUGAUUUUCUUGUCCAUCUACAUGGUCACUGCGGUGGGUAAUCUAGGCAUGAUAAUAAUCAUCAGGAUCAAUUCAAAACUCCACACCAUCAUGUACUUUUUCCUCAGUCGCUUGUCUUUUGUGGAUUUCUGUUAUUCCACUGUAGUUACACCCAAACUGUUGGAGAACUUGAUUGUGGAGACAACUAUCGCUUUCUCUGGUUGCAUCAUGCAAUUUUGUUUUGCUUGCAUAUUUGGAGUGACAGAAACAGUCAUGUUAGCAGCGAUGGCCUAUGACCAUUUUAUAGCAGUUUGUAACCCCUUGCUCUAUGCCACUACUAUGUCUCAGAAGCUUUGUGUUCUGCUGGUGGCUGGGUCCUACACAUGGGGUAGAGUGUGCUGUCUGACACUCAUGUACUUAUCCUAUUGUGAGUCUAGCAUUAUAAAUAAUUUUGUCUGUGACCACUCUGUAAUUAUUUCUGUUUCCUGCUCAGACCCCUACAUCACUCAGAUGCUGUGUUUUAUAAUUGCCAUAUUCAAUGAGGCCAGCAGCCUGAUGAUCAUCUUUACUUCCUAUAUAUUCAUUUUCAUCGCUGUCGUGAAGAUGCCCUCUGCAAGUGGGCGCCAUAAAAUCUUCUCCACCUGUGCCUCCCGCCUGACUGCCAUCACCAUCUUCCAUGGGACCAUCCUUUUCCUCUUCUGUAUCCCUAACCCCAAAACUUCCUGGCUCAUAGUUAAAGUGACUUCUGUGUUUUAUACAGUGGUGAUUCCCAUGGUGAAUCCCCUGAUCUACAGCCUUAGGAAGAAGGAUGUGAAGAACACAUGCAGAAAAUUAGUUAACACAAAACUUCUUUUUCAAUCAACACGAUAUUGUUAG